AUGGACGGCGAAAACGCCAACUACGGCUCACCAGCCAAUGCUGCUACUCCUAGUAGUAACCCCAUUCUAGCGCAACCACCUCUACAGACCGACACAUCGAGUGCGCCUCAAGCGUCUGAAGAUAUACAGAUGUCCGAACCCCAAUCCGCCGAUCCUGUUAUUAAGCAAGAUAGCACUACUCCUGCACCUGCUGGUACUUCAGAUAACCCACUUGAUGCCCCUCCUGCGCCGCCUGCUGAAACUACCCUAGCUAAGGACGAUGAGGAGAUGGGUGAAGCUCGACCCGAGACCCAGGACGGACGACCCCAGGAUAAGGAUGGCGAUGAAGCGACUACCGGCGCUGAUGGUGGUGCUCAGGAGGCCAAAUCUAAGGAAAGCAUCGAAAACGCCGCGCGCGAACACCUCAUUUCUCAGACACACGCCAUUGUUCUUCCGAGUUAUAGCUCCUGGUUCGACAUGAAUGCGGUUCACAACAUUGAACGAAAAGCCCUACCAGAAUUCUUCAACAGCCGCAACCGAUCUAAAACCCCGGCCGUCUACAAGGAUUAUCGCGAUUUCAUGAUCAACACCUACCGCUUGAACCCCAUCGAAUACCUAACCGUAACUGCGUGCCGACGAAACCUGGCCGGCGAUGUCUGUGCUAUCAUGCGCGUACAUGCUUUUCUAGAGCAAUGGGGACUGAUCAACUAUCAGGUCGACACUGACCUUCGGCCGUCUCAAGUCGGCCCGCCAUUCACAGGCCAUUUCCAGGUCAUCGUUGAUACCCCUCGUGGACUUCAACCCUGGCAACCUUCGGCCGAUCCAAUUAUCCUUGAAGGCAAAAAGAGCCAGGAUACAGACCAGAAGGCCAAUGCUGCUGCGACGGCUGCUGGUGAACGAAAUCUAGAAAUUGGCCGCAACAUCUACGAGGCUAACGCGAAAGGAGCAAAAAUCAACAAGUCCGAGAACAAGACAAAUGGCGAGGCUGCGGCCACCAACGGCACGACAUCUCCGGCCGCUGAUGAGAAUCUGACUAAACCUAUUGUUAAGGUUCACUGUCAGAACUGCGGUGUUGACUGCACUAGAGUUUACUACCACCUUCCUGAAGCUAACUCUCCUAAUAAGACGAAGUAUGACGUCUGCCCGAGUUGCUACUUGGAAGGCCGAAUACCCAACAACCAAACCAACACCCAAUUCGUCAAAAUGGAGAACAAGACCUACUCGACAGUUCUCGAUCGUGAUGCUCCGUGGACGGAUGCUGAAAUCCUUCGACUUCUUGAGGCAUUAGAAAGAUACGAUGACGAUUGGGCCGAGAUUGCUGAGCAUGUUGGUACACGAACUAGAGAGGAAUGUGUUCUACAGUUCCUUCAGCUAGAUAUCGAGGACAAGUAUCUCGAGACAGAGGCACCUAUCCACGCCCCCACGGGUCUAGCUAUGCUAGGGAAGCAUGGUGGACAUCUCCCCUUUAGCCAAGCUGACAACCCGGUUAUGUCCGUUAUCGGAUUCCUUGCUAGCCUCACAGACCCUAAGACGACAGCCGCGGCCGCGAAGAAGGCGACGGAAGAGCUUCAACAGGGACUGCGAAACAAAAUUGAGGGCGGCGACGUGCCGAAGGUCAACGGAAAGGGCAAGGAGAAGGAGGGUGACUCAAUGGAUAUUGACGUCCGCCAAGAGAAUACUGGUACAACCGCAUCCAACUUGGCUAGCAUACCACUCGCCGCUAUGGGCGCUCGUGCUGGUGGUUUGGCUUCUCAUGAAGAGCGAGAGAUGUCCAGACUUCUUUCAGCAGCUGUGAACGUCACACUACAAAAGAUGGAGCUGAAGUUAAAGUACUUCGAUGAAAUGGAAGGUAUCCUACAGGCAGAACGACGCGAACUGGAGAGGGGCAGGCAACAACUCUUCCUAGACAGACUCGCAUUCAAGAAGAGAGUUAGGGAAACCCAAGCAGGCCUGAAAACGGCCGCCGUCAACGGUGGUGAUGUCAGACCUGAUGGUACCGGCUUGACAUUCACAUCUGCGCCAUCAUUAAACUCAGUACAACCACUCGGUAGUGAUGGCAACAUCAAGAGCUACGAGGCCUAG